UUCAUCUCUUGUUGUUUCAUCUCCUGUGGUUUCCUCUCUUGUUGUUUCCUCUCUUGUUGUUUCUUUACUGAGAAUCAGUAAAGAAGACUAACGUCUUCAGUAGGAACCAAUGAGACUCAGACAGGAAGUGGGAGAGGAAGUGAAACAGGAAGUGGGGGACGAAGUGAGACAGGAAGUGGGACCGUAUUAAGAGAUGGACCAACAUGUUGCUUUGAGUCUGAACAGAUUAAAUGUAGAAUAAUAACAGAUUUAUAUUCAGAUGAUGUUUGUUCAGACUUAACAUCACUAAGUUAAAUAAUUAAAUAAUAGUCUGUUUAUCUCCAUGACAACAGAUGUUUUUACACCCCCCUCCUCUCAGGUGCACUUCCUGUGUCAGCAGUGAGUUCCCGUGUCAUUGGUGUAAAUAUCGUCACGUCUGCACCAACAACCUGCAGGACUGCUCCUUCCAGGAGGGACGAGUCAGCAACAUGGAGGGUUGUCCACAGAUCCUCCCCACCUCCGACAUCCUGGUUCCGGCCGGGAUGGUUCGUCCAAUCACGUUGCGAGCUCGUAACCUCCCUCAGCCUCAGUCGGGUCAGAAGAACUACGAGUGUGUGUUCAACAUCCAGGGGAAAGUCCAGAGGAUCCCGGCGGUCCGCUUCAACUCCUCCUGCAUCCAGUGUCAGAACACCUCGGUGAGGCACUACACUACCCAGCAUGCACCGCUCCAUCUUUACACAGGCCACUGUGUGUGUGGUCGUAGUAACUGUGGUACUUCAGGUGGUGGUAGUGUUUUGAUAUUUCUGCAUCUUUCUUUGUGUCUGACUUUCUCUCUCGUCCUAAAUAUUUAUUGUAGUAGCAGCAGUAUUAGAACUACAAGCAGCA